UUACCAAGCUCCUCGAAUGGCUGCCAGUGAAGUAGCAGCAGCAGUAGCAGAGUAGCGGAGGAGAUGGAACGAUCGUUGCUCGUGCUAUUCUGAUUGGAAGUAAGGGCAUCGAAUGCGUUCCUUGAAGGUAAGAAAAUCGACCCAAGAAGAUCGUAUCUGCUACCAGUUAUAGAGUUGAUUUCGCCUCUUCUCUGUGAAAAUAUAAUCAAAAUCCCCAUGACCCACCUAUGGAAACUCAAAAUACCAUCUCUUCUCAAAUGCGUUUCUUUGAACGUCUUAGCAAACCAGGGCAGAUUAUGGAAUACCCCAUUAGUUUACAGUAGUAUACACGAUGUAGAAACCCCAAUUUUUUGCAUUAGUAGAGCUGCUCAUGCUGAUAGUUCUCAGAUUUGGGAUCAGAACUCAACGCCCAACACUGAAACUGUAGCACGAGUGUCUCGUAAUGCACGAGCUGAAGCCCAAGCUGCUCUGUUGGAUUACCUCCAUUGCACCCGAUGCUUGCAGUUCACUGAUGCAGAGCACAUGAGCAAGAACUCCCCGAUUUUUCUCGAGAAGCUUUUAAAGAAGGUCGAGAAUGAGCAAGAGGUUGGGCGGUCGCUUACCAGGUUCUUUCGCUACCACCCGAUUAAUGAAUUUGAACCCUUCUUUGAGAGCAUAGGCCUUCAACAUUCUGAGUUCUCAAAACUACUUCCUCGGGAUAUGAUGUUCCUGAGUGAUGAUGAUCUGUUGCUGGAGAAUUAUCAUAUCUUGUGUAACUAUGGCAUUCCUCGCGAUAAGAUAGGAAGGAUUUACAAGGAAGCUUUGGAGGUUUUCCGGUAUGACGAUGGAGUUCUACGUUCCAAACUCCGGGCUUAUGAAGAACUGGGUAUAAAUCGAUAUAGUCUUAGUAGGUUUGUGGCUACGAGUCCUUCUCUUUUGGUGGGCGGUGUUCGUGCUGCAUUUGUUAAGGUUUUAGAGGAAUUGAAGGGUCUAGGGAUGGAAAGUGAUCGGAUUCUUAGCUCUUUGUGUCAAAAGAAUUCUUAUAACUGGAGCCGAAUACAUGAUAUUCUCUGCUUCUUUAGUAAGAUGAGCUGCAAUAAGGAACAGUUGGGGGAAUUAGUCAGAAGUAAUCCAGGGCUUCUAUUUGAAGGUUCUGGGGACAAGACAUUUUCUCUGAUUGGGUUGCUAUUGAAACUGGGAUCCCCAACAGAUGAGAUAUUGUCCAUGUUUCUGCAGUUCCCACAAGUCCAAGUUGGGACCUUUGUGAAGAACUUUAGGCAGGGUUUACUAUUUCUGAUUGAGAUUGAAAUGGAGGCUGAAGAGAUUUUGAGGAUUGCACGUGGCCACGCCCUAAUGUUGGGUUCAUGUUCAUUGAAGAGACCAAACAGUGUGCUUAGUUGCUUGAACAUUGGAAAGAAGCGAUUGUGUAGAAUUAUACAGGAGAGCCCUCAAGUAUUGAAGAAAUGGAUGCUGGGCUCAAAGCUUGAUGCAUUGCCCAAUUCAGGAGAGGAAAGGAGGUCCCUGGAACAGAAGACUGAGUUCUUGCUAAAACUAGGCUUCACCAAGAACUCAGAGGAAAUGAAAAGAGCACUCAAGGUGUUCCGUGGCAAAGGAGGAGAACUUCAGGAAAGAUUUGAGUGUUUUGUGACAGCUGGUCUGGAUAGGAAUGACGUUGUAAAGAUGAUCAAGAUCUCUCCUCAGAUUCUCAACCAAUCAAGAGAUGUAAUCAAGAUGAAGAUUGAUUUUCUUGUGAACAACUUGGGUUAUCCAAUAUCAUCUCUAGUGACAUUCCCAUCAUAUAUUGCAUAUACAAUUGAGAGAGUCAAGCUUAGGUUUUUGAUGUACAAUUGGCUCAAGGAUCAAGGCAUAGUAGAACAGAAUUUGGCAUUGAGCACCAUUGUUGCAUGCUCCGACAAGAUAUUUAUAAAGCAGUAUGUAAAACACCAUCCCAAAGGCCCUGAAGUUUGGGAGAAAAUGAAGAAAGGAUUAUCUUUUAUGUAGUUUGGACUUGUAUUGGUUUUACAGUGCUAAUUAUGCCCUGGUUGGUGCUGACACUCCUGUUACUGUAAAUAGACAACCGAGUUCCACCACAUUCAUCAUACAGUAAGAAUUGAUAAACCAUGCAAAGUAAAUUGAAGCCAAUUUUUUCUUCA